AUAAAAAGACAAGAAGAAGAACAAGAAUUCGUACCUGCCCAUCCAGAACAAGAGGUCGUUAUUCAGGCAGCAGAAAGUGAUCUCAAAAUGACCUGUUACGUAAAGGAGACAGUAAUUGGAAGACCUGCUGUUGUCCCGUUUGAUAAACUAACGAGUGGAGCCAGGAUCUGUGAGCCCUUUGAAUUGGACUUUACCGACCAUCCAGACAUUGUUGCAGUGUCACUGAGAGUGGGACAAAUUGAGAGACUAGAGGACAAACUCUUAUUUCCAUUGGAUUUCUCAACUCCUCGCAGAAGAAAGAGAACUUCUCCACAAGAUCAAGAAGAACUGCAAGGUGCAUCAAGUUCACAGACACCACAAACAUCACUUCGAAGUACAGGAGAAACUGUGGAGAACAUUCCAGGUAGACUGGAAGACUUUGACGAUAAGCUAACCACUGUUGCUCGAAAAGUUGGCAGGCGUGAUGAGAUAGAUAAUCUUGGAAAGGCUCUCGGCUUCGAGCCAGAAGAUAUCCAGCGUUAUGUCGACACAAACAUGAAGAAUUCAGAAGUAUCAUACAUGGGUACACUAUUAAUGCUCCGAGCCUGGAGAAAAAAGCAAACCGAAAUAACAGAAUGUAAAGCCCUGAAGGGUGUUCUAAGGAAGGCUGGUCAAAAUCGUCUUGUAUUUGAGCUAUUUGGUACCUCAUGAGUUCCGAAUUUAUAUGCUUCUCUAUUGACGAAUACAUUUUUCCAAUGAUAAAGAUAGAGAUUGAAGAGCAUAAUGCUUGUGUAGCUUAAUCAAAGUUCCCAGUUGUUGGAUGGCCUUGAGAGGGAGUCAGAAUAUUUUGCCCGCAACAGAAUCAUAUUGCCCCGAGUCGUAAGAUGAGGGCAAUAUGGUUUAUCGAGGGCAAUAUGUUCAAUAUUUAUAUUCGCUCAAAGUAGAGCCAGCCAACAUCACUAUUUUAUAUAUAUAUAUAUCAGCCUUAGGUACAUUAUCAGGCCUAUAGUAUAAAUUACAAACAACUUUAUUGCUUGUUAGUCCCACUUCACUUUAGGACUGUUCAUAUCACACAUGUCAUCUGAACUGAGCAAUUAUGACGUAAAUUUUCACUGCGUAUAUCCAUUGUUAAAGGCUCUCUUUCAGUUACUUUUGUUGAAUAUUGAAAGUACCUUUUAACGACAGACAAUUUUGUAUUGAUGUGUGAUGAUUGUAUGAUUAAAAUUAUUUCAAAUUCACCUUUCUCAAUAUGUAUUUAUACAAUUUACCAACUUAUUAUUGUUGAGCACAAUAUCAUAUACUUCAUAUAUCAAUAAUUCUUUUCUUAGUAUUUAUAUGUAUUUAUUUGUUAUGUACUAUAUUACUUGUUGGAAAUAUUUGUCAACACAGGGUUUCGUAGGUAUUUGUUUAUAAUAUUUUGAUGAAAUUUGAUUUUAAAAUUCUGAAAUUUUAGUACACUUUGAAGUGAAGUUUUCAGUAAUUGCAUUUCGCAAUGUUGUACAGUUUUAUACCAUCAUAUUUAUUUAGGUUAUAGUUAUACAUUAUCUUUUAUCGUGGUUUGUAAAAUAAAGAAGAAAUUAAAUGAAAUCAAAUUGAAUAUAAUUAAAUGAAAUUAACAUACUCUCUAAUCUGAAACAUUUCUACUCAUUGCUUUUAUCUAAUCACAAAGAAAUACAAAGUUUACAAUGUUCGUAUUACAAUGUGUAAACCACAGAAUUGUGAUGAAAGGAGAUGAAUGGUAAAUAAUAUUUGAAAUUUUAGGAAAAUACAGAAAUGCAAAUGAAAGACAUAAAAAUUCAAGGCUUUAUCCAGAGGAACAGAUGUAAUCCUCCUGAUACUCUCACCAUUGGCGAAGUAAGAAAAAAAAUACUAUUUCAACAAGAAUUCACCAAGGAUUCUGUCAUCCUGUACGUUAGGGGAAAGGGACCG